AACGGGCAAUGGGGGCGGGGCCAAGGCGGUCCCGCCCACGCUGGCUGUGAGGCGUCUCUAGGCUGCGCGCUUCUGUCAGGUUGAUGAGCUGAGGGGACUGGGCGAGGAGCUGGAGUUAUGGAGCAUAAAGACAUCUUCAGUGGAAGCAGCCAGUGCUUGAGCUAUUCAGGUGGAAAUCAGAAACUGAUGGAGGGAUUUAACAGUAGCCUAGUGUCAGAAUCAUCUGCAUUAUUCAGUUCUUACAAAUUACAGAGCAACAGCAUAUUAGACCUAAGUCAGAAUUAUGACUUUUCAGCCCUUACUGUCCCCUUGGAAAGUUCCAAGAACAUAGUUGAUGCUUUUCUGUCUUACACACCAUGGUCUGCCAGUGGGGAAGAGACACAGCCAUCAGGCCACCCUCAAGUCAAGACCAAGAUUCAAGCUGAGAGGUGUGAGAAUGGAAGCGAGUCAGAUCUCUAUGGAUUAGUGUCUAACAUUCUGGAAGAACCAGACCAAACACAGCCGUGUUUUGCUGAAGGGGCAUGCUCUUCCAUUUUGAAAUCACUAUGGCCAGUUAACACAAACAGGCUUCCUUAUCAGCAAGACCUACUUCCAGAAACAAAAAGACAAACAGAGCCAUCCAUUACAUAUCAAAAUAGGUGCAUUACAGAUUCCAUUCCCUGUCAUGGGAUGCAAAAACUGGAGGAUACAUGUCAUGGCUUGAGUGGCGUAGGCCAAACUCAACUUUUUCCAAGCAGGACUGAUAAUGCAGGCUAUUACAGUGACAACUCUAACAUGGCUUUGCAGCAAUACUGUUUCCCUCCAUCAUUUGAAUCAACAGGAUAUCUUAAAGACUAUCCACAGAAGGGAACAGAUUUAUAUAAUUCUUAUAACAGACAUUGUAAUGAUGGUGACAUUAGUCAGUAUGACAUGUUAAAUUCUGUGGCAUGCAAACAAACUAACACCUCAAAGUAUGGCAUUCAAGAUGCCAAAGAGUCUCUUAAUGGAUCAUCUGAACUAUUUACUACGGAUAGUAUUUACUCUAGAAUAUUCCAAGCAAAGCAAGGCUACCAAACAAAAACUGAUGAUUUUACAACUACUAAACAGAAUUAUAAAUGUACAAAAGACCCCCAAGAACAUCCAGCUAACCCUAUUGCAAAAGAUAUGUUUGUGCCUGAUUGUAGGCUUGAACCAGAUUUUACACUGAAAACACUUGCUCUAGAUGGAGGCAGCAGCUAUUUUGCAAAUAACGUACAUAAGAUGCAGUCUAAGCACAAUGCACAUAAUUUUACAAGCCUGGCAUCUGCUUCUUCAGUGGAUGCUGAUUCAGUCAGGUUUCCAUGGAUGAAGAGAAACUGUAUGAGUAAUCAAGGCACAAUGAUGAGAACUGACAGUCAUUCAGCUAUUAUUCAAAAAAAACGUGCCCAAAACAAUGUUUGUUCACCCUCUUUCACUCCAAAUACUGCUUCAGUGUUCCAGAAAUACUCCCAAGAGCACACACCAACCUUUGGGUGCAGCUGUUGUACUACAGACAGAAACCAGAAGGACAAAAGAGAAGAAAGUCUGUAUAAUCUUGUGCCAGGCAAAGAGUUUAAGCUACUUAAUAGGUUGCAUGAAAACUCCUCAUACCCCUAUGGUGUAUUUGACAUUGGAAAGCAGGGCUUCCAAAUGAAACCGCAUAGCACACAGUGUGAUGAAUUGGAAAAGAAUUUAGAAAACAUAACGCAGCACCUUGAGGUUUUGCUUGAUAAUUCAGUGAAGUUUAAAAACAAAAAAAAAAGUACUGGUAAUAAAAAGGCUGUUAACAUCAAUAAAUGUAACCCUCUUCAAGUCAAAUGCUUUUACGACCCCCUUAUGAGGAGUGGUGACACACAGACUAGUGUCAUUCAUCCUAUGCCUUUCACCAAUAUGAGGUCUUAUUUUCCACAUCCUUUGGACCAUUCUGUUCUCCCUUUCAUUGACUGCUGUGAAUCACAUCCUUUUGAAGAUAUUAAAAGACUGAACCCUCGCUUCAAUGAUUUGAUAUAUGGGGAACCACAGUAUUCUACCUUGUCACCAAUGUUCGGCAUCCGUGAAUCGCUAAGGCCCCGGAACGUGUCCUCCAAUGAAUUACACGUUUGCCUGGAUAAGUGUUAUGAGCAGUGGAGAGAAAUGCAAAAAGAGAGGAAACAGGCAGAAUUUAUUCUUGCAGCAAACUAUACAGGCAAAGAGGUCUCGAGCACUAACAACACUGCAAUCCCAAGGCUUUGUGCCAACCCUUCUAGAGUUGACCGACUGAUUGUGGACCAGCUACGUGAACAUGCCAGGGUUGUAACGCUGCUGGGGAAAAUGGAGCGCCUACGUAGUUCCCCACUGCAUGCUAACAUCUCCACAGCACUCGACCGCCAGUUGGAGGCAAUCCACAUUACACAGGUGCGCCGCAAGGAAGAAAUUAAUAACGCAUCAAAUCGCCAGUGUCAAGGAGAGUCUCGCUGUCAGGAAGAGAGAGAUGUCAUUGCCCUCGCUUCCUCUGUCAAAAAUCUGUCAGCAGCUACGCGCAAAUCACGAAUGGCUUUAUGGUGCGCUCUCCAGAUGACUCCAUCCAAAACAGUGUACACUAGCAAGGUAGAUCUGGAAAAGGCUGUGCCAAAUACGGCAAAUCACCAGGAAGAGGAAUAACAGCCAUGCUCAGUUCAUGUUUGUGUUCACUCCCUAUCAAAGUAUUGUGAAGAUGGAAUGUGACAAUUACACUUUUUUUAGUACCAGUGUUGGGAUGUGACAUUUGUUCUGUUGAAACAAAAUAUUUUGGUUCCUUGAAGAAGUAGAAGUUUCUGAAAUAGAUCCAUGAAGAAACUUUAUUGUAGAAAAACUGUUUCAAAAUUGCCAAAGCAGAUAGAUUAGUCAAAAGGUUCCAUAUUUGACUGUAGAUUAAUGAUCAAUAUUAAUGAAUUCUUUUCUUACAGAGGAAACAUCAUUCAGGUUAAUACUGGGGGGGCAUCUGGUGGGUUUGUGGAUUUGGUUUGUGUUUUAGUUUUCAUGCCAUUUUACCACAGAUUUUCCAACUUGUCCUCGGUGGGUAUUCCAAUAUCUUUUUCAGAAUAGUUAAAUUCAGUUAAAUGCAGUCGUACUAAAGUUGCAUCCCCACAUGGUUUUUUUUUCAAUAUAUGAGUAGCGCAGUGCUGGUGCAGUACAGGCUGAACAGGAAGCAAAGUGGUAGCGCGUGUUGCAUCAUUCUUAGUUUGUGCACGUACCAUUGGUUCCACACCAGCGCUGCACUACUAAUGCAACACAGAGAGAGAGAACAAACGACACCAGUGGUAAUGCAAAGACAAUUACUGUGUAUCAUAUUAAUUAAAUCCUAGGUGGAAAGUAUUCCCAAUAAUUUCCCAUAUUAUAUACUUAGAUUCAGAUUCCCAACCUUGAAUCAAGAAAGGGCUGCUGAUUAAACUUAUUUAACGCAGAGAAGGACGUUUUUGAUUGAGGACCAAUGCGACUGAAGGCCGUCUUUGGUUUGUGUAUAGAAUAAAUUAAUUUAAAAUAUUUAUUCAUUAAAACUCCUUAGGGGAAUUUGGAGUAAGGCUUCUUGUUUUCAAUUAGUGAAUUAAAACGGUAGUAGUUUUUAAUCAGAUCUAGCAAACCAUGCUUAACAGUCAUAAAGUAUUCUUGCCUUAAAAAGAAAAGAUAAAAGCAUAAACUACACUAGCUUAUUGUUGUUAAUUAUAGAGCUAUGGACAUGGUGUCUACCACUGUUCACAGAAUCUAGAAAAUGGAGGAGAAUUUUGUGCUUGAAGCUUUAAGACUUAACAUUUAUUAAAGUCAUUAAAAUUUAUAAUCAAAAAGCAAAUUCAUUAAGAUACCAAAGAAAAAAUGAACACCAUAUCCCACGUAUAGAUAUAAUUGAUAAUUCAGUUCAUAUAUUUACACCUUGCUAAGGUGAAAAGACUGUUCUGACUUUACAACUACACUCUCAGAUGUAAAAUCAGAACAGUCUUUUCAUCUUAGCAAGGUGUACAGCCAGUCCGUAGCCCCAAUACGCUGCCCAUACAGCUUGCUAACCCGCCCCCAAGGCUGUUUACAACCGCAAGCAAUCGCCAUGUAGUAAAAUGAAUAGAGUGUGGUAUAAACUCAGGUGAAUCCACCUAAUCUCCUAGUAAGAGAUCGCUACUAGGUAUAAUGAAAGUGCGGCUAAACUAGAGUCAUGUGGGAAGCUGAGGGUGAGACACCGCAAUAUUGUCUACUAAGCAGCUUCCUCAUGCGUCACCAAAUAGCACCCAUGGAGUUUAUAACACACUCUGUAAAUUUUGCUACUUGAUGAUUGCUUGCGGGUGUAAACAGCCUGGGGGGUGGGUUAACAAGCUGUAUGGGAAGAAAGAGUGUGGACGCCGCACACCUGCAAGUGUAAAUAUAUGAACUGUCACACACGCACACCUUUACCCAGGAUUAUCCCCUCAUUGAAUUGAAUAAUUAUAUCAAAAUGUGGGAUAUUAGUUAGAGAUGGUAAUUCCUGUGGCACAAAUAUGAAUUGUUUUUAAUUUUUUCUUUGGUAUCUUAAUGAAUUAAAUUUUUGAUUAUAACGUUUAAUGAAUGUAAUAAAUGUUAAGUCUUAAAACUUCAAGCACAAAAUUCUCCUCCAUAUUCUAGAUCCAAAAAGAAAACACUCCAUUUUUGCAGUUUAAUCAUUUUUAAGAAACAAUCAAACCUAAUGAAACUAUUCAUAUACAUUUUUGUUUUGCCAGCCCUGGAGCAGACUAAGCGUGGUGGCAAAAUGUCCGAAGUUUCCUUCCCGCUGAUAUUAAGGUAAAUCACCACUGGGAAGCAUACGCAUUGCGAGAUUACUUCAGCCUAUUACAGGAAUAAUAUGGGACGCAUAUGCCAUUACACUGGCCAUUUACAUUAAUACAGGUGAAAAGGGGAUUUGGGACAUUUUGUCACCCGCGCAGGAGGAAAUUAAUGACGGGCAACAAUGUGCCAGUGCCCUAAAAAAGAUUAAAUAGCCACGAGAUCUAGUCUGCAUUCAAUAUUUUGGCAUAUACAUUCUACUGAGGUGUUAUUUUAAUAAAUGUAUUGCUUACUUUAAAGUCAUAUAUUAUUUAAAAAUAUUUUUAUGAGUAAUUUAUUGCACUGCGUUGGGGUGCUCUGCAGAACCUUAUCCUUAAUUAGAACACAAUGUUUAGCUAUUUUAUUUGGGUGAAAUCCCCCCCUGAACUGUUUUAAUGUGCUCUUCCUAGCCAAAAAAUAUCUGGUAGGGAAAGUUGUGGGAAAUGUUAUGAUAAGAAGUAUUUAUGUGUAUGCGAUAAAGCCCAGGCAAUUCUGUCACUGAUUCUCACUUGUUCUGCUUCAAUGAAUUCACUAGGCAGGGAAGUAUUAUUGCCAUGUUUGAUUGGUCACCACACAGAGCUAGAGGUUAGGUUCAUAAGAGGUUCAUAAAGGGUUUAAAUGUUUAGAAAAAUGCAUACGAAAUGUAACUGAAUGUAAGUUACUUUCUGCUUAACAUUAAUAAACUUACCCUUGUUCAAGUUCA